CCAAGGUAUCCAUCUCAAAAGGACACCGCCUUCAACAACAACACUAAAACAUGUCUGUGUUUUUGGCGAAGUGGACUGAAGUCACUGCAAUCCAAAUGCAGUAGCUUUCGUCUUUGCAAUGACUACAUAGAGGUAGACUGGUGGACUCUGCUGAUGCAAAGCAAAUCAAAGGCGUCGUCUUUAGUUCGGUGAGAGAUGAAAACGUCGUCGUUUUCUCUCCUCGCUCGCCUCCGCCAUUCCCGCCGCUACUCCCCCUCCUCCUCCUCAAACUGUCUGCUUUCCCUCUGCGACGAUCGCCGCACCUCCCAAAACGCACCGUUUAGCUCCCCUUCCUUCUCCUCCUCCCACUACUCCACUCACACUCACACUCAGCUUCACCGGCUCGUCUCCUCAAAACGAUUCGUUUUGCUCGACUUGCUUCCCUCCCACGGCGUCAGUCAGCAGAAUCAUCACUUGUUGCAUCGAAAUUUCUUCACCAGAGCUAAACCUGUUAAGCAAGUCAAGAUUGAAUUCGAUGACCAGCACAGUCAAAGAGCAGUGACAACUGCAUUGUGGUGCAACUUUCUAGUGUUUUCCCUUAAGUUCACUGUGUGGUUAUCAACCUCGAGCCAUGUGAUGCUUGCUGAAGUUGUGCAUUCGGUUGCGGAUUUCGCUAAUCAGGCACUUCUUGCUUACGGGUUGAGUAGCUCAAGACGUGCACCAGAUGCUCAACACCCUUAUGGAUACUCCAAGGAAAGAUUCGUUUGGUCUUUAAUAUCUGCUGUUGGCAUCUUUUGUCUUGGUUCUGGUGCAACUAUAGUUCAUGGAGUUCAAAACUUGUGGGUUUCACAGCCCCCUCCAAAUAUCCAAUAUGCUGCGUUAGUGAUUGGUGGUUCAUUUAUUAUUGAAGGCGCUUCUCUUCUUGUUGCCAUCCAAGCUGUCAAGAAAGGUGCUGCUGCUGAGGGCAUGAAAUUAAGAGACUAUAUAUGGCGCGGUCAUGAUCCUACCUCUGUUGCAGUCAUGACUGAGGAUGGUGCCGCUGUAGCUGGUCUUGCUAUUGCUGCAGCAUCAUUGGUUGCAACGAAAGUCACAGGAAAUGGAAUUUACGAUCCUAUAGGUUCAAUCGUAGUUGGAAACCUACUCGGAAUGGUGGCUAUUUUUCUGAUACAAAGGAAUCGACAUGCUUUGAUUGGUAGGGCAAUGGAUGACCAAGAUGUAGAGAAGGUUCUCCAGUUCUUGAAAAAUGACCCGGUUGUGGAUUCUUUAUAUGAUUGCAAAAGUGAGGUGAUUGGCCCAGGAUUCUUCAGGUUUAAGGCUGAGAUAGAUUUCAAUGGAGUGGUAGUGGUUCAAAAUUAUCUCUACAGGACUGGACGUCAAGAAUGGGCAAGACAGUUUCGUGAAGCUGCAAAGGAGAAAGACGAUGCUGCUAUGCUGAAUUUGAUGUCCAAUUAUGGUGAAGAAGUAGUUACAGCCCUGGGAAGUGAAGUCGAUAGAUUGGAAAAGGAGAUCCAAGAGCUUGUUCCUGGUAUACGCCAUGUUGACAUUGAGGCACACAACCCAAUAGAGCUAACGACAUGAUCUGAAGAUUCUGUUAUUUAUGGGGUAAUAUCUGUGCAUUCUGUGCUUGUCAUCCAUUAAAGGACAAAGUGACUUGGAUGCAAUAUGAAGGUAUAUAUGAACUGUCAAUAGUUAAUUGUGCUUGGGAUA